AUGGCUUCGAUCAACAUCGACGAUAAUGCAAUUCUUGCCGCUGCUAGAAAAUUGAAACACACGUACUCUCCGGGCCCGGAUGGAAUCCCAGCUACACUGCUAAAAAAAUGCAUUGCUGGAUUGCUCACACCGCUUACCCACUUAUUUCGUUUGUCGCUGGCUACUGGUAGAUUUCCUACAACCUGGAAACAGGCCUUCCUAUUUCCGGUCCAUAAAAAAGGCGAUCGCUCGAAGAUAGAUAACUAUCGAGGCCUCUCUGCUUUGUGUGCAAUUUCGAAGCUAUUUGAGCUAGUCGUCCUUCAACCAAUUUUCUCACAUUUUCAAAGCACUAUUUCGGACGAUCAACACGGAUUCCUUCCCAAGCGCUCCUGUGCUACAAACCUGCUUUGCUUGACUAACUACGCGUUCGACAGCUUUGUUCACCGACAUCAAACCGACGUUAUCUACACGGACCUCUCGGCUGCCUUCGACAAAGUAAACCAUCAAAUCACCGUUGCCAAACUUGAUCGAUACGGGUUCAGCGGCAACUUGCUUGGCUGGUUAGAAUCCUAUUUGCUGGGACGAACUCUCAGAGUGAAAAUCGGCGACGAAAUUUCCGAACCAUUUGUCGCUACUUCCGGAAUUGCCCAAGGUAGUCAUCUUGGCCCAUUGGUGUUCCUGUUGUAUUUUAAUGAUGUACAUCACUUGUUAAAAUGUCCUCGUCUUGCGUUCGCUGACGAUUUGAAGCUGUUCAACGAAAUCAAAAACGUGGAAGACGCUACUUAUCUCCAACAACAACUCAACAUAUUUGCACGUUGGUGCAAGUUAAACUGCAUGAUAUACGUGAGCUAUGCCAAACAACCGAACUUCUACUGCAACCGGCUGCGUAUCGUGGAGGGCACCCUGGAACUGAGCCAGCUUGGCCUCGCCGACGCGGACCUGGAUUACCUGCGCCAGAAUGUCAAUAUCGUUAUUCACUCCGCCGCGAACGUGCGGUUUGAUGUUUCCCUGAAGACCAUCAUCAAAACGAACGUUGCCGGCGCUAAUGAACUGUUGCAAAUUGCGCUCGAAAUGAAAAACCUCGUUUCCUUUCUGUACAUUUCGACCGCGUACUCGAACUGCUACCACGAGGUGGUUGCGGAAAAGUUUUACGACAUGGACGAUGAUCCGGUGGCGAUGGUUCGCCUGGUGGAAAUGACGGACGAACAUCACCUGGAUGUGCUGAGCCGGAAGAUUACGCAACCGUGGCCCAACUCGUACACUUACGCCAAAGCACUGGCCGAAAAGGCAAUUCGGGGCUACUGCGGUCGACUGCCGAUAGCAGUAAUUAGACCAUCCAUUGUUAUUUCCACUGCAGAGGAUCCAAUCGAGGGAUGGACUGAUAAUCUUUACGGUUUGAACGGAGUAGUGGUCGGUUUUGGAUCUGGAGUACUGCGUAUUUUACACUGUAAUAAAGUAAAACAUGUAGAUAUAAUUCCUGCUGAUUUGGUGGUAAACUCUAGCCUCGCUGUAAUCUGGUACAUGUCGACCAAGCAACCGAAUCAAAUCGAUGAUUCAACGGAGCUGGUUUUCAACUGUACGACCCGGCUCGAUAAUCCGUUUGUAUUCACGGACGUCAGUAAAUACUCCAAAGGCCACAUACGACGACUGAUGCCAUUGAGUGCUUUGUGGUAUCCCACUUGCACACUUACGCCCUCGGUUUAUAUUUACUAUGUGCUACAAAUAUUCUACCAUUUCAUUCCAGCAGUUCUAUUUGAUUGUCUAGCGAGGUUGAAAGGAAUGGAACCUAAAGUUUUAUACAUCUACCGGAAAGUUCAGCAGUUUAGUGACGUUCUUACGUGCUUCACCAUGAACGAAUGGAUUUUUCUCAACGAUAAAAUGCGCAAAGUCUACGAUAGUAUGACACCAGAAGAUCACACCUAUUUCCCGGUGGACAUUCGGCGAAUCAACUGGGGUGACUUCUUUCUAACCUAUUUGCUGGGACUGCGAAAGUAUAUCCUGCGAGAGAGUCUUGAAAAUCUUAAACAAUCCCAGCGGAAAGGUUUAAUGCUAUUGCUGGCUCACUACCUAAUUCUGACGCUAGUGUAUACUACGAUAGCCGCACUCUUGUAUAAAAUAAUCACCAGUUCAACACUCCUAGGUCAUGGGUUGGAAAUUAUUCAGAAAGCCAUUGUGUUCUAAUAGCCUAAGCAAAGAGUAAUUAAACCUCGUUGUAAAUUACAA